CACCAUCGCUGCUACAACACCGUCUACAACAACGAUCGGUUCAACAACAACCAGCACCACGACGACCUGUACAACAACAACUUGCACAACAACGACCUGUACAACAACGACCUGUACAACAACGACCUGCACAACAACAACGUGCACUACGACGACCUGUACAACAACGAUCUGUACAACAACGACCUGUACAACAACCACCUGCACAACUACAACGUGCACUACCACGACCUGUACAACAACGACCUGUACAACAACCACCUGUACAACAACCACCUGUACAACAACCACCUGUACAACAACGACCUGUACAACAACCACCUGUACAACAACCACCUGCACAACUACAACGUGCACUACCACGACCUGUACAACAACGACCUGUACAACAACCACCUGUACAACAACCACCUGUACAACAACAACUUGCACCACGACGACCUGUACAACAACGACCUGUACAACAACGACCUGUACAACAACCACCUGUACAACAACCACCUGUACAACAACCACCUGUACAACAACAACUUGCACCACGACGACCUGUACAACAACGACCUGUACAACAACGACCUGUACAACAACCACCUGUACAACAACCACCUGUACAACAACGACCUGUACAACAACAACUUGCACAACAACGACCUGUACAACAACGACCUGCACAACAACAACGUGCACUACGACGACCUGUACAACAACCACCUGUACAACAACCACCUGUACUACAACCACCUGUACAACAACGACCUGUACAACAACGACCUGUACAACAACGACCUGUACAACAACGACCUGUACAACAACCACCUGUACAACAACCACCUGUACAACAACCACAUGUACAACAACCACCUGUACAACAACCACCUGUACAACAACGACCUGUACAACAACGACCUGUACAACAACCACAUGUACAACAACCACCUGUACAACAACCACCUGUACAACAACGACCUGUACAACAACCACCUGUACAACAACCACCUGUACAACAACGACCUGCACAACAACAACUUGCACCACGACGACCUGUACAACAACGACCUGUACAACAACCACCUGUACAACAACAACUUGCACCACGACGACCUGUACAACAACCACCUGUACAACAACCACCUGUUCAACAACCACGUGUACAACUCUUAAAACAACUACUAAAAAAAAUCUAUUUCUACUACAACGUCCCCAACAACGACCACAACAGCUACUCCCACCAGAACUACAAGAACAAUUUCAACCAGAACCGCAACAAGAACCACAAC